UUUUUCCAUUGAUUUGUGACGAAACAAUUUAGAAAUUGCACCUAUGCAAUUUUGUGCUGGAGGAAAAAUGGAAGCCACAAUAACCAACGGAAGCUGAUGACCAUAGAUGGUUAUCUGACAAAACAAGGCAACCAAAAAUCUUGGAAGCCUCGAGAAUCCAAUACACAUAAUAUAUAUGUGAUUUUGAUUCAGACGACUGACGCAAUUGUGGCACACUUCGUUUAAUUUCUAUGGCGAUUCUUCAGGCAUGGUUCAUGGAUAAUAGCCAUGAGGAUCCACAGCUUCCUCAUCAUCGCAAUCCCUAUGAGUUCGUCUCCCCGGAUCACUUAGCAGAAUUGGGCGUUUUGCACUGGAAGCUAAAUCCAGAAAAGUACGAGGAGGAUGAAGAAUUAGAACAUAUUAGGGCUACCAGAGGCUACAAUUACAUGGAUUUGCUGGAUUUGUGCCCUGAGAAAGUGGAGAAUUACGAGCAAAAGCUGAAGAACUUCUAUACAGAACACAUUCAUGCAGAUGAAGAAAUACGUUACUGCUUGGAAGGGAGAAUAUACCAUCGCUUCACCCUCGACACCUCCAAUUAUAUCAAGUUGAUGAGGUUAUUUGUUGGAGAGCCAGUAUGGACUGCAUUCAAUAGGCCACAAGAAGAGCAUCCAGCUAGGAGAAAGUACAUUGUUAACUUUGGUGAAAAGAUCGGGAUGCCACUUGAAGCUCAUUGAUCACUAUGGUUAGUACUUCAUGUAUCUAAAUAAAUCAGGAGUUGUUGAUAUAGCUAAAGGCCAUAUACAUGUAUUUGGAGGUCGAAUUCUAAUAUGCUAUGUUGUAUUUGAAACUUGAUUGUGGGAUAAUAUUAUCCUAUUUUGUAACCUAAAUCCCCUCAAGUACUCGUGUAAAUCCGAAUUACUAAA